CUUAUGUUUCCAAAGGGAAACGGGAAGGCAGACCAUUUUGCGAUUUAUCUAGAUGUUGCGGAUUCAGCAACUUUGCCAUAUGGGUGGAGUAGAGACAUAAAAUUCAGCUUAUCUGUGAUCAAUCAAAUUUAUAAGACGUUCACAGUGAAGAAAGACGCUCAACACCAGUUCUGUGCAAAAGAAAGUGAUUGGGGUUUCACUUCAUUCAUGCUUCUUAGUGGUCUGUCCGACGCUGGUAGGGGUUAUCUUGUGAAUGAUACAUGUGUAGUUGAAGUUGAUUUUCCUGGCUUCAGUUCAGAUGAACUUAAGGUUGAGGAGGGGAAGACUGCCUUGGCCAAAGGCACAAGACAGAUUGCUUCUGGUACCCAUACGAUCUUGCCUCAGACUAAUACCUUGGUCCCUCCUACUGCCUGUGAAUCAGACACCGAAGUGAUCAAGACUUCGGUCCCACCAACCACUCCAAUUGUUGAAAAGGAAUCAAUGGUUAAUUCCUCUCAGGCACAAUAUCCUGUCAAUAGCUUUUAUCGGAUUUCAAUCAACAAUGCUUUGUUUUUUAUCUUUGAGAGAAAUAACUUUUUGACCUGCGAGUCAGUUUCUAAAAAGAAAUUUUCUUUGUAAUCUUUGUAGUAAGUUCAGGGGCCGAGGAGGACUACUCCAAUGGAUGCUCCUCUUGAGUCAUCUUCAUUUGAUGACAUGGAUGCCUAUACCUCCAAGUUGGUGUCUGCAGUAGAGACUGAUGCACCUUUUGACUCCACUACCGAAGGAUCAGUCGUCGCCUCCAUUCCUCAAUCAACUGUUGAUGAAGCCAAAAAAAACUCUUUAUAAAGAUGCUAUCUCGGGACCUAUCAGAAAUUCCUGAUUUUGCCGCAUACAUUACAGAAUCCAUCUGUGUCUUGUCAGAGUACUGCUGUGAUCUCACUCCAGUCCAGCUUGCAUGGUUGAACACCCUUAAGGUUGAGUUUCCAGCAGUUCUCGAAACUUUGAAUUCCAACCAUUCUUUUAAGGAGGUUGAGGAAAAAAUAGCAGAAAAGCGAGGAACAAAGAAGUGUUUGGUCGAGCAAGUCAAGGUUAAUGCAUUCGCGUUCCAAAUGCAGAGGGCUAUUCACAAGGACUUGAUCUCGGAGGAGGGAAAGCUUCAACAAGAGGUUGAGCGGCUGCAGGCUGAACUGGCAAAGAUCUCCGAGAAGAAGAAAAGUGCUGAGAAAGCGAUCAAGCAGCUGCAUGGGAAGAUGGUUAAUCUAGAACAGUCUAGAUCCUCUGUUCUUGAGAUCUCAACCCUUCAGACCGCAGAGAGCUCUCUAUCAUUGGUCCAGCAAAUGUGGACUGAGCUUAGAGACACAUUCAUGAUACCAAACAAUUAAUCUCUUUUUAUUUGCAAGAUGAAAAACUUUUGUUGGUCUACUGUUAUAUUUCUCUCUAUGGGCCGGUUACAUUCUACCUUAAAUUUCAUAUUUUUGGAUAUUUUAACUUAUUUAUGGUCUGUUGUCGCCAAUAUUCUUAUACUUUUAGUCCUUCAAUUCUACUUUAAAUUGCACUUCUUUUCA